UGUCUUCUCUCCCGGGGAGACUGAACCGGUGUCGCCGUGAUUCGGGGACUUUUCUCGGGGUCUGUGACGCGGAAGUGGCGGAGCGUCUCCUGCGCCUCAGAGCUGCGCAGUAGCGUUCUGGGUGUAGUCCUGCUGUAGUCCUGGUGUAGUCCGGACCCCCGUCUCUUCCUGCUGGAGUUUGUUGCAUGGCGGCGGACACAAAGAGCUGAGGCCCGAGCGCAGACCAGACCAGACCAGACCAGACCAGACCCCCUCACAGCAGCAGCGGCACAGCCGGGACACGAGCCGCGGACUCGGCCUGGACUCGACUCACGCACCCCCUCCCUGACCCCGCAUGGUCCACCGCACGCUCGGCUCGGGAAUCCGUCGGAAAAGUUGCCGCAGAAGUUUUGAGGCGCUGAGGGAGAGUCGGAGUCGGAGUCGCAGUUCGGGGCUGACACAGAGAAAAUGAUCCGGGCUCUGGUGGCUCUGAGCUGGGUGGCGGCGCUGUGCGUCCGCGCUGCCAUGGACGAGUGUUCGGACGAGCAGGGCCGAGCGCAGCGGUGCAUGCCCGAGUUCGUCAACGCCGCGUUCAACGUGACGGUGGUGGCCACCAACACCUGCGGCUCUCCGCCCGAGGAGUACUGCGUCCAGACCGGCGCCACCGGGGUCACCAAGUCCUGCCACAUCUGCGACGCCCGCGACCCCCAGAACCACCACAGCGCCGUGUACCUGACCGACUACAACAACCAGCAGGAGACCACCUGGUGGCAGAGCCAGACCAUGCUGGCCGGCAUCCAGUACCCGAACUCCAUCAACCUCACCCUGCACCUCGGCAAAGCCUUCGACAUCACCUACGUCCGGCUCAAGUUCCACACCAGCCGGCCGGAGAGCUUCGCCAUCUACAAGAGGACCAGGGAGGGGGGGCCCUGGGUGCCCUACCAGUACUACAGCGGCUCCUGCGAGAAGACCUACCAGAAACCGAGCCACGGCUUCAUCCGGACCGGACAGGACGAGCAGCAGGCGCUGUGCACGGACGACUUCAGCGACAUCUCGCCGCUGACCGGGGGAAACGUGGCCUUCUCCACGCUGGAGGGACGACCCAGCGCCUACAACUUCGACAACAGCCCCGUCCUCCAGGACUGGGUGACGGCCACCGACAUCAAAGUGACCCUGAACAGACUCAACACGUUCGGAGACGAGGUUUUCAACGACCCCAAGGUCCUGAAGUCCUACUACUACGCCAUCUCUGACUUCGCUGUGGGAGGACGGUGUAAGUGUAACGGCCACGCCAGCGAGUGUGUGAAGAACAGCGGAGGACGUCUGGUGUGUAACUGCAAACACAACACGGAAGGAGACGACUGCAACGUCUGUAAACCCUUCUUCAACGACCGGCCCUGGAGGAGAGCGACGGCCGAAAACCCCAACGAGUGUCUGCCCUGUGACUGUAAUGGGAAGAGCUAUGAGUGCUACUUUGACUCUGAGCUGUACCGAGCCACCGGACACGGGGGUCACUGCAGAAACUGUGCCGACAACACAGACGGUCCGAACUGUGAACGCUGCCUGGACAACUACUACAGAGACCAGAGCGGCAGCCGCUGUCUGGACUGCAGCUGCAACAGUGUGGGCUCUGAGUCUCCUCAGUGUGACAACAGAGGAGUUUGUGCCUGUAAACCUGGAGUAACCGGAGAGAAAUGUGACCGAUGCCAACCAGGAUACCACAGUCUGACUGAGGCCGGCUGCAGGUCGUGCUCUUGCUCGCCCUCAGGCAGCACUCAGGAGUGUGACGUCAACACGGGACAAUGUCGCUGUAAAGACAACGUGGAGGGAUUCAGCUGUGACAGGUGUAAACUUGGUUUCUUUAACUUGGACCCUAACAACCCUCAGGGCUGCACCCCGUGUUUCUGCUUCCAGCACUCGUCCGUGUGCGACAGCGCCGAAGGCUUCAGCGUCCACACCGUCAGCUCCACCUUCAGCAGAGGUGAUGAGAGGUGGACGGCUCAGCAGCGGGACGGCUCCAGCGUCUCCGUCCAGUGGUCCCCCAGUGGACAGGAGGUGUCCCUCAUCUCAGACGACUACUUCCCCAUGUACUUCAUCGCCCCAGAGAAGUUCCUGGGGAACCAGAUGCUGAGUUACGGCCAGAACCUGAGCCUCAGCUUCCGAGUGGACCGGAGGGACACCCGUCUCUCGGCCGAGGACCUGGUCCUGGAGGGAGCCGGUCUGCGGGUGGCCGUCCCCCUCAUCGCCCAGGGCAACGCCUACCCCAACGAGAACAUGCAGACCUACGUGUUCAGGCUCCAUGACAGCACCGACUACCCCUGGAGACCGACCAUCAGCCACUCCGACUUCCAGAAGCUCCUCCACAACCUGACGGCCAUCAAGAUCCGCGGCACCUACAGCGAGAGGAGCGCCGGUUACCUGGACGACGUCUCCUUGGUGACGGCCAGGCGGGGCCCCGGGGCGCCGGCCCGCUGGGUGGAGCAGUGCACCUGUCCCCAGGGCUACCAGGGGCAGCACUGUGAGCAGUGCACCGUGGGAUACCGCCGCAUCCGGCCCGAGCUCGCCGCCUUCAGCGCCUGUGAACCCUGCAACUGCAACGGACACAGCGAGGCCUGCAACCCCAGUACAGGAGCCUGUGACUGCCGGGACAACACAGCCGGUCUGAGCUGCGAGCGCUGUAAGGACGGUUUCUAUGGCGACGCCACGGCGGGGACGUCCACAGACUGUGAACCGUGUCCCUGUCCAGCUGGAGCCACCUGCGCCGUCGUCCCCAGGACCAGAGAGGUGGUCUGCACCAACUGUCCCACCGGGACCACAGGGAAGCGCUGUGAGCUCUGUGACGACGGGUUUUUCGGGGACCCCCUCGGCCAGAACGGGGCCCCCAGAGCCUGCAGGGCCUGCAAGUGCAGCGACAACAUCGACCCCAACGCCGUUGGAAACUGCAACCGGGAGACCGGCGAGUGUCUCAAGUGCAUCUACAACACGGACGGCUUCUUCUGCGACCGCUGCAAGGAGGGUUUCUACGGCAACGCCCUGGCCCCCAACCCGGCCGACAAGUGCAAACCCUGCUCCUGCUCUCCUCUGGGUACGGUGGGUCAGCAGACCAGCUGUUCUCAGGGUAUCGGUCAGUGUCCUUGUCUUCCUAACGUGGCCGAACGCGACUGCAGCGUCUGUGAACCCGGAUUCUUCAACCUCCAGAGCGGCAGCGGCUGCGAGCGGUGUAACUGUAACCCCAUCGGCUCCACUAACGGUCAGUGUGACAUCGUCUCCGGUCAGUGUGAGUGUCAACCGGGCGUCACCGGACGUCUGUGCGAACGCUGCGAGGUCAACUUCUUCGGCUUCAGCUCGUCUGGAUGCAAACCCUGUGACUGUGACCCUGAAGGAUCCCAGUCGGGUCAGUGUAAGGAGGACGGUCGCUGCGAGUGUCGGCCCGGCUUCGUCGGAGCUCGCUGCGACAUGUGCGAGGAGAAUUACUUCUACAACCGGUCGGUGCCGGGCUGCCAGCAGUGCCCCUCCUGCUACGGCCUGGUCCGGGACAAGGUCAACCAGCAGAGGCAGAAGCUCCACGACCUGCAGACCCUCAUCGACAACCUGGGCUCCGGCCAGGACACCGUCAGCGACAAGGCCUUUGAGGACCGUCUGAAGGAGGCGGAGAGGGCCAUCAUGGAGCUGCUGGAGGAGGCGCAAACCAGCAAAGAUGUGGACAGAGGCCUCCUGGACCGCCUGAACUCCAUCAACAACACCCUGACCGUCCAGUGGAACCGGCUGCAGAGCAUCCGGACCACGGUGGACGAGACCGGCACCCAGGCCGACCGGGCCCGCAGCCGAGUCCGAGACGCCGAGGACCUGAUCGACCGAGCGCGACAGGAGCUGGACAAGGCCAAGGACGCCAUCAGCAAAGUGGACAUCAAACCACCCGGCGGCACCGGAGAACCCAACAACAUGACGCUGCUGGCUGAGGAGGCUCGGAGGCUGGCGGACAAGCACAAGAUGGACGCCGACCAGAUCGAGAAGAUCGCCAGAGACGCCAACGACACGUCGACCAAAGCGUACAACCUGCUGCUGAAGACUCUGGACGGAGAGAGCAAAACGUCCCAGGAGAUCGAGGAGCUCAACAAGAAGUACAACGAGGCCAAGGAUCUGGCGAAGAAUCUGGAGAAACAGGCGACUAAGGUCCAGAAUGAGGCUGAAGAUGCAAGAAACAAAGCUCUGAAGAUCGUCGCCAACCUGACCAGCCUCCCGCCGGUCGACACCAAGGCUCUGGAGGAUGAGGCUAACAAGAUCAAGAAGGAGGCGUCGGACCUCGAUAAGCUGAUCAAUAAGACGGCGAAGGAGUACAAUGACCUCCGAGAAGACCUGAAGCCCAAAGAGCAGGAGGUCCGCAAGCUGCUGGAGAAAGGCAAAAUUGAGCAGCAGACGGCUGAUCAGCUGUUGGCUCGAGCUGACGCUGCUAAAGCUCUGGCUGAGGAGGCGGCAAAGAAAGGCCGGGCUACGUUCAAGGAGGCCGAGAACAUCCUGGACGACCUGAGAGACUUCGACAGGAGAGUCAACGACAACAAGACGGCUGCAGAGGAAGCCAUGAAGAAGAUCCCCGCCAUCAACGCCACCAUCAUGGCCGCCAACGACAAGACCAGACAGGCGGAGGAAGCUCUGGGCAACGCCGCCGCCGACGCCCGGGACGCCAAGGAGAAGGCGGAGGACGCAGAGAGGAUCGCUAGCACCGUGCAGAAGGGCUCCGCCAAGACCAAGGAGGACGCAGAGAAGGCCUUCGAGGACACCACCAAGCUGGAGAAGGAGGUGGACAACAUGAUGGAUCAGCUGACGGCUGCAGAGAGGGAACUAGCCAAGAAGAAGGCCGAGGCCGACCGGGACAUGAUGAUGGCUGGAAUGGCGUCAGACAACGCGAAGGAGGCGGAGGACAACGCUCGCAAGGCCAAGAACACGGUGAAGACGGUGCUGAACAUCAUCAACAACCUGAUGGGUCAGCUCGGAAACAUCGACAAGGUGGACCUGAGCAAACUGAACCAGAUCAAUGAGUCGCUGAAGAGGGCCAAGGACAAGAUGGCCGCCAGCGACCUGGACAAGAAGCUGGCGAGGCUGAACGACGUGGCUCAGACCCAGGAGGAGAUGAUCAGAGACUACGAGCGUCAGAUCAGCGAGAUCCGCGCCGACAUCGCCAACCUCAACGACAUCAAGAACACGUUACCCGACGGCUGUUUCAACACGGCGUCCCUGGAGAGGCCUUAACCCCGCCCCCCCCGCCGCCGCCACCCCCCCUCCAACACUCCCCCACUUACGUCUAACACUCCGGCCGCCACGCCGACUUUUACCAAAACAGUUUUUUAAAACUUUUGUUUGUUUUCAGAUUCUCGCCUUUGUUUUUUUUUUUUUUGUUUUUUUCCUUUUAUGAGACGGAAGCCAAUAUUUUUAAGCCACGUUCACGGUUUUCAACGAAAAGCAGCUGUGUUUGUUUUGUCUUUAGGUUUUUGUCGACACGCAGCAACGUGGUUUCGGUAGAACGGACUAAGUGGCGUAGAGAAGCCGUUGCCGAGGUCGAAGAACCUCGGAGGAAACCAGAACCACAAACCCGAUGUGACUGCAGCCGUCCGCUCGGCGGGAGGGAACUCCUCGCGCCUCAGAGAGCCUCCGGCCAUUACCCAUCAUGCCUCGGGACACAGGCUAGCCGGACGCGCGGCCUCCGUCUCGGCCGCACGUCGUUUCCAAACCAACCACGUUUUCAGAAACCACAGUGAAGGAAUCCUCUCUGGUUUGCUCCAAAGCUACGACACAAACAGCAGGGGAAAGUAUUUAACUUCUUUUCUAUGACAGUAUUUUCACCAGCAGCAGGUUGAGUUGAAAAGCUACGGACACGAAACAAAAAAAAAAAAACAACAACCUGUGUUCACAAGAUAAAAACUCAGGAGACGAGCUUGUAUCUGUCUUCGGAUCAAAAAAAAAAAACUCGUUUUCAUCAGGACACCAUCUCGUAGGUGUUGGACUUGAGCUUCGUCCAGGAUUUUAGAGAUAGUUUAGACUAGAAGAUCAACAAAGUCCGUCUUUGUGUCCUUGUGCGUUGUCGUGUUACAUCGUGGAGCUUGGGUCGAGAUCUUACAAGAUCUGAGAUGAGGUGUAAGAUCUGGUCCUGUGAGAGUCAGUGGUUAAAUAUGGAUCGUGACUUUUACAGAUUUUGGUUCCAGAGUCUUUAAACUUUGGUCCCUGACAGAUACAAGUUGUUGCCUUUUUGUUGAGGUGGAUCUUCCUGUAGAUGUGGUUUCCUCUCAGCGUCGUGUUGUGGAGUCAGAUCUGAGGUCGGGUUUGGAUCUUGUCCGUUAGCAGACGCCAGAUCUGGUCUUUGAGUUGAGAUCAUGUGUUAACAUCCAGGUUGUGUCUUGUUCGUGUCUCUGGUUCUGGGGAAAUGAAUUAAUGUUGAGUUUUGGAGCCUUUGGGAACAAGAUGAAUGACGUCCAUCUUUGAGGAGGAACUUAACUUCGCUGUUGUGUUUGUUUCCAUGUGGAUCUUAAAACGUGACCUCAUGCUCCUGUAGAUGUGGAUGAGAGUCGGUUGUUAGUUGUUCAGAUGUUGUUGCACAAAUCGUUCCAGUAAAUCUUUGAUUCUAUCUUGAUGUCAUCACUUUACUUCAGGAUGAAGCUGAGAGACACCAGAUAAAACAUCUUUUUCCUCCUGAAUCUGAUCUGGGAUCUCGUUCCUUUGUUUUUAUCUUGUGAACUCAUCGACAGGUUUCAGCUGCGACUCGUCUCCUCACGGUCACACGUCAUUUCACGCUCUGAUGUUUAAACACUACAAACAUUUCACCGUCUGUCCUCCCACCAGUUGCUGCUUUUACUCCCCCCUCCCUCCCCCGUCCUCCCCCGUCAUCACACAUUAACACUUCUUCUACUUGUAUUUGUUUUCCGGGCUAAAUCCAACACUAUGCAACUUUGUACAUUUUGCGUAGCGAGAAUUUUAUCUGAUACACUGGUGCUAAUAAUUAUUUCAAAUGUUAUAUUUUUGUGUGAAUGUUUUUUAUUCUGACAUAGAGUGAGGAUUUUGUUAUUUGUGUAAAUAUAUGCUUCAAUGAUUCAGGACUGGCUGAUUUGAAGAACUAAAAGAAAAAACAAGAAAAAAAACCUCCAUCGCGUAAAACAGCCACGAGUUCCAUCACAAUCAAAUGAACCGAACCCUCCUGAGUGUCUCUGCUGCCCUCUGUGGUUGUGUCGUGUAAUGACGCUCGCUUGUGUUCAGGCCUCAGAGCGACGUGAUCCGUCGCGUCUCUGAGUGGAGCUCGGUCCCGUUUAAUUCGUGUUUUGUGCCUUAAUAUAAAGUUUGGUUGUAAUCACGGCCCCACGUGUUAUUUAGUUCCACUACAAACUCAGGUCCUGAACAGAAAAGACUGAUGCGGGAGAAAAAGACUUCCUGUUUGAACUUUUCUCACAGCUGUGACCAGACCAGGACUCGCUCGUCUUUCCUCCUCCUCGUCCUCCGGCCUCCACCCAGACGUGAUGUGUAAACAGUAUUUUAAGUUAUAAUGUACCACUUAUUUUGUGUCGUAACCUCGUGGGCGGAGCCGUGUGAGCUGCUCGGCCGCCUCCUCGCCGCCUCCUCGCCGCCUCCGGCCCCGUGAGGACCUGAGAGACCCCGUCUGUUCCCACGUGCCUGUAAAUCCAACCUUAACAUUUGAAUAAUAAAAAGUUACUACAGGA